AUGGCUGACGUGCUCUGGCUGAAGAACACUCGUCUUGUUGGCACAGUGAUGGGGAAUCGUCGUGGUCUCCCUCAGGAUUGGCGUCACCAACCAUUAGACAGAUAUGAAAUGACAUUUUAUCACCGGGGCAAUCUUACCGCCUGCAAGUGGAGAGACAAACGUGAUGUGCUCAUGCUGACAGCGAAACACACUGCUACCUGGUCAGAGGUGCAAUCUAAAGUCAAAGGUGUUGGUGUAAUCAAAAGAAUGAAACCAGACUGUAUACUAGAUAACAAUCAUAAUAAAAUUGGAGUAGAUUUAAAUGAUCAAUGUCUCAUUUUUGAAAAAGUUAAAAUUAAU